AUGGUAGUUGUAACGCCAAAUAUGACCGAAGGGAGGGUGGUGGAACUGUUUGGCGGUGCCAUCCGCUGUCUGCUUCCCGUCACGACCGUUGACGUGAGUGAAUUCAGGCAGGUGCCCGACACACAGGAGGUGUACACCGAGGCAGAGACGGGUAUGUGCAUCAUCGUUGAGCUUCUUGCCCGUCAGUCUGAAGUCAGUGACAGGGAGUGCGGGGCAUUUUUCUUUAAGGACCUCGCACAUGCGAAUGAGUGCCGUGACGGGGACUACACACUCAACGCCCAGGAGCCACUCGCACCCUCGGAUUACCCAAAGGUGGCGCAGCUGCCACCAGGAGCGGCGCCAGGGAACGGACAGGAGUGUGCAUACGGCUGUCUUAUUUCUGGGACGCAGCGUAUCUCCAAGUACAAAAAUGAGCGGGGCAAAGAGAACGAGGUUUUUGUGGCAAUCGGAGUGCUGCGCUUCUUGCCGUCCAUCUCUUCCGAUGUGCUGCUCUCCAUCUCUGCGCCUCAGUGGAUCCAUCCGGAGAGCAGCGAGGCUCAAGUGGUGCGACAGCUUCGGGGGAAGGAGGAGGUGCUGGCGGUGUUGCGGCGUAUGUUGAUUUCUUUUGAGGUGCGAGAAUGGUCGCUUUUUGUGCCAGAGGGUUGA